CAGAACUGAAGAUCAGUGCGGCAGCGGCGUAAAGAGCGACAUCAACGAUCAGCUGAAAAAAGAAAACCAAAACCUGCCAAAACAAAAUAAGCGAAGAAAGAACUGUCGGCCAUUGAAAGAACCGGGUACCGGCUGAGCUGAAGCGGCAGAGCCGGCGCGACGUGUUCGAGCCACGUGCGCUGACGGUACUGCUCCCCGAAGUCCGAAGUCCGCCCCCCAAAAAUGGACUCCGUGUACAGUUCUGGCGCCCGGCUCACGAAGCAGCUCCAGGAUCACUGCGAGGGCUACGACCGCUUUUUUUCCUGGGUCUCGUACAUCGCCGAUCCGCCGCGCUUCGCGGUCGGCAUCUACCCGAUCGCCUUCUCGCUUCACCACCCGCUCGGCAUCCGAAUCCUCCUGGCCGCCUCCUGCUCCGAGUUCAUCAACGUCACCGUCAAAUGGAUCCUGAACGAGCACCGACCCUUCUGGUACGUCAAGGCCCACAAGGAACUGGGCGUCCAGCUCGCCCAGACGCCCCAGACCUGCGAGACCGGACCGGGCUCCCCGUCGGGGCACGUCAUGGUAAGCGCCGCUGUCCUCUUCAGCGUCAUCUGGUACGCGACGCGCGACAAGGACGUUCGGGUGAUGCGGAGGCGUCGCUGGAUCUGGUACAUCAUCUGGCCCACGUAUUUUCUGUACCUUGGGGUCGUCGGAGCGUCGCGGGUCUACAUCGGUGCCCACUUCCCGCACCAGAUCGUCCUCGGACUCCUGGUGGGCUUCGCCAACGGGUACCUGAUGACCUUCCUGGACGUCGACGCCUGGAAGAUGGGCCAGUACGCCGUAGUCAGUGGGGUCAUCACUAUUACCUGCGCGUCCAUCUAUUUCGGGCUGAUGGCCCUCGGAAUAGACCCUCAUGAAUCGGCCAAGUUGGCGCUGGGCGCCUGCGAUGACCCGACCUACGUGAACGUCAACACGAAUCCGCUCUACGGCAUGAUGCGGAAUCUGGCAUGUCCGCUCGGGCUGGGCUAUGCGCUGAGUCGACCGAAUGCGGCGAAAGUUUUGGAGGGCGCCAAGCGGGCGCCGGUUUGGGCUAGGCUCUUGGCCGGGUUCGGGGGAGUCGCGGUAGGCAAGGUGAUUUUGUCCCUGCCCAAGCCCAAGAACGAAAUCCUACUCCACGCUGGUGCGGCGGUCCAGUUCUUCAUCUUCUCCUUCGCGGUCGGGUACGGUAUUCCGUAUCUCUUGUAUCGCAGCUACAGGCAGGUCAACCCUUUCCUCGCUGCGCCCAAGAAGGAGUCUUUCUCGACUUCGUCGUCUGAAUAGAGAACUGUCCCCGUUGACGGACAGCCGACCAAAACUCACCGGUGCUCUUGACCUGUUACUAGAGCAAGAAAAUCUAAAAGAAACACAACAGUCUUGGCGCUGUGCAGUGUUUCUUUCAUUGUGCGACCCAAAUCUCUUCUAAGGGGAAAAAAAAAAAAAAAAAAGAUGCCUAGUUUGUGUUGUUUAGUUUGGUGGGCUUGCUUCCAAACAGACUGCCAAUUCGUCUCGCUGCACAGAUUAAUUCAAAUUAACAUCGCUUCCUCUCUUGUACAAAAUAAUCAACAUUUGCUGGAAAAGCUUGCCAAUUACAUGAUUUAAACUAAUUUAAUAGUUCGGUCGUGACCAUGUUUACGUUUCCUUCUCAGAACAGCCUUCGAGUAAAUAAUAAUAAAUGUCAAAAAGUUGUGUUUUUGGUGCCUCGAAGAGUAUAACUUUGUUUAAAACAUAUUUUUAAUUAUGAUUUUGCAAGUGAAAUGUUCUUACCAAUGCAGUCUUUUGCAGCAUAGACCGCAAGCACAAAUUUACUACACUGGGAAAAGAUUUUGCUUAUACCUUGUGCGACAGUGGCAGGUGGCAUCCUUACUACAAAUAAACCGUGUGCAUGCAAUUAUAAAACAUAAUAAAAAAAAGCAUCAAGUGCUUGUAGGAUCUGCAAAAUAGCAUACGUUAUCAUGUCAUUUCAUCGAAACCCGUUUGAGACAACGGGCACUCCUCUUGUUUGAGAGAACGGGCAGAAUUCUCUAAAAGGACACUUAUCGCCAUUUUUCUAAACUGGGUUUUUCUGUAGAGGGAUUCAAUAAAGUGGGGUCGGUUAAACGGCGUUUGCUAAGACGCGCUUCUCUAAACCGCACGCCUCCAAUCCGAAAGGAUCUUUUUGUUUUCAUAGGAGAAGGUCCACCGCAGACUGGUUGCUGAAGCUGCUAUACAUCCACAUUAAACUUGCACAUCCAUAUUAAAUUUGCCGUUUAAAAAUAUUUAAGAAAAUUUUUCAACAAUGUAAAAUGUUGAUAAAGCUGUUGCACCGUUUGUGACCCAGCUUUGAAAUGUUUCGUAUGGAUGAAUGAACUGAUUAUGUGGCUCAACUCUUUCAAACAGCAGCUUAACAAGUUGACCAGGCUGUCUCUUAAAAUAAACAAUGUUAAACUGUUAAAUGUCUAGUAAUCUAUAGCACCAUUCCUGUAUAUUUCAACCUCUAAUAUGUUUUAAAACAACACUCUACAAGUGUCUGUGUGCAUUUAUAUCUCGUACAAGAUCUGUAUAACAGGCUGUGAUAUUAGAAAGCUGCUAAUAAUCUAGGCGGCAGAAAAAAAAAAAGAAAAAAGUAUGCUCUUAUUUAUUAUGUUUCACCUAGUGCUUGUUCAAAGUGUUACCAUAUGUGAUAUAUAUGUGACCAUGGUAUAUUUGGAAUCCAUUGGCAAGAUGGUAAUCCCGUGAUGAAUGUUUGGACGUCUGCAUUGUUAAGUGACAAAUAAUGUCCCGGGUUUUUCAGUUAAUAAAUUUAGGAACCAAAUAAAGCUUGCAACAUCACUUGGCCAAGCCAAAGGCACCAGCUGCAAUAGAUUGCGAGA